AUGAAGGAUGUUUCUCAUAACUGUACUUUUGGUUGUGUAGAAGACAAAUCUAUAGAACAUCUCUUAUUCCAUUGUCCCUAUGCCAAUUUUGUUUGGGCAUCUGAGCCUUCCCCAUUAGAUAUAAUCUUUGAUAGAUCCAAAAAGUUCUUAGAUAUUUGCAAAGAUUGGUUAGGAAAUGACAACCCAAUUGUUCCUCUAGAAAUCAUUUUGACAAAAGUCUGGUUCAUAUGGAAAGAAAGAUGUAACAGGUUAUUUGAAAAGAAGCAGCAAUCUUAUACUCAACUAGCAUUAGAAAUACAAAGACAUUUGAAUUUCUGGUACAAAGAUAUCUAUCAGAGUAAAGAUACACCUAUUAGUCUAAAGGAAAAACCUAGAUGGUUAGCUCCUAGACAUGCUCAAAAAAAGAUUAACCUGGAUGCAGCCUGGGCUUCAGCGAAUGUACCAGCAGGCUUUUCUUUAAUUCUCAGAAAUGAUGCAGGGAACUUCAAUCAGGGCAGAGCAGGACCCAUCUCAGCCACAUCCCCAAAAGAAGCAGAAGCUUUAGGUUUCUUACAAGUAGCGGCUUGGGUAGUGGAGGAAGGAAUAACAGAUUUCAGUGUUGAAGGAGACUACAAGAACCUCUUCGAUUACCUGAAUGGGAAACCAUCUCAAACCACUUAG